AUGGAAAGAAUAAAUCAGGAUUCAAUUUUUGGGUCCGAAGUUGCUAGAAUUGCUGAUUCAGAUUUGGUUUUUUUAGACGAAACCGGAUUCAAUAAACAUACAGUGCGCUCAUAUGGCUAUUCUCCAAAAGAUACAAAAGCGUACUUGACAGUUCCUGCAAAUAAAGAACAGAAUGUUAGCCUCAUGUGCUUAAGUUCCAAUUUAGGAGUUGAAUGUUACCAAUACAAAAGCGGCGCAUACAAUACACAAUCAUUUAUUGACUUCAUCAACAACAAACUAGUACCGUUCUUUGCAGUAAAUCCAAAUAAAAUUCUUAUCCAAGAUAAUGCAAAAUUUCAUAAAGCAGCUGCAGUACUUCAAUUGCUAAGAGAAAAAAAUAUUACUCAUAAGUUUUUAGUACCAUACUUCCCUGAAUUGAACCCAAUCGAAGAGUUCUUUUCAAUGUUAAAAUCCAAUUUCAAAUCCACGAGAAAUGCUAAUACCGAUAUGACUGUUGAAGAAACUCUAGAAUAUAUUUUAUCACCUGAAAAUAAUUAUAGUCAACAAAGAUCUGGAGACAAAAUAACUCCAACAAAAAAGCUGAUUGCUUGUACCAUUAGUCAUCAAACAGCAAAGUGUUCUGGUCUUGGUAGCUGUCCUGAAAACUGCAUUAUGUUUGCAGUUAAGAAACCUUGGAUAGACGGAGGAUACGAGGAUAAGAUACUCACUGACCCAUUUAUAAGGAAGCAUAUCACUGAUCUGAUCAACAGCUGGGAGAGUUUAAAGAAAAGUAAGUGUAAGAACUCGAAAGAAGCAGGAAAAGCUAGACAAGAUUUCAAAAAAAAAGGAAACAAGGUUUUCUGGAUUGCUAAACCAAAUAUCCAAGAUAUUCUAAAGAAGACAAGCCUUAAUAAGGUCUCGUAUCGUACUGAUAUGAAAUUUUUGAGAGAUCAAAAGGCCAGACGUAAAUUGACUCUGGGUAAAAAAGACAAGCUAUAUAACCGGAGGGUUGAGAAGAGAGAACAGAGAAGAUUGAAACAUCCACAGUUAGUACAUAGUGUUGAACAGUUUUCUCAGAAAGAUGAUUUGACUACAGAGCUUCAGUUUUCUUCUGAAACUAGUGAUACAAGUACCAGCAUGGACUCAGAUUGUUCUUUUGAUUUCGAACAGCCAGGUCCAAGUAAUGAUACGUCGCAGUUAGCCAAGAAUUUUGUACAAGAUAUUGCCAUGACUUCAGUUUCCAAAAAUAUUUCCUCUAGAGAUUUGUUGCAUGUGUGUACAGAUUUGGUUGUUAAUUCAGGUGGAAAUGUUGAAAACUUUUUACUGUCUCAAUCAACUAUUUGGCGAGCACAAAAGAAAACCAUCCAUCAAAAUGCUGCACAGCACAAAAGGGAGGUUAAAAAAGCUGGUGAGAAAGCACUUUUCCCCAUAAUAGCUCACUUUGAUGGAAAAAUUAUAGAAGAUUUCACUAAUGGGAAAAAAGAAAAAAGAGACAGGUUUGUUGUUUCAGUUAAUAUUGAUGGAGACAUUAAGCUUCUUGGAAUUCCAGCUAUGGAGCAUGGAACUGGAGCUGCUCAGUAUGAAGCUUUGAAUAAUGUACUGGAAGAUUAUGGAAUAUGUGACGAUGUGAAGGGAUUAUGUUUUGACACAACUGCCUCAAAUACUGGAAGACAUUCAGGAACCAAUACUAGGUUCAGUCAAAGACAGGAAUCUAUUUUGUUAGAGCUUGCCUGCAGGAGGCAUAUUUAUGAGCUUCAUCUUAAACAUUUCUGGGAGCAAAUUACCUCAGGCAAAACAGCAGCUCCAGAAAAUUUAAUGUUUAAACGGUUUCAGACAAACUGGAAUUGCAUCAAGAAAACUGUUGAUCCUUCCAAUUUAAUAAGGUUUGAUAUCAAUUCCAUCAGCAAUACUUUCUUGGCUACCCAGAUUGAGGAAACUAUCCAGUUUUGCAAGGAUGCAUUAAAGACUGACAUUGUUCCCAGAGGGGAUUAUAGGGAGUUAUUGGAACUUACCCUGAUGUAUCUGCAUCCUGAAAAAUUUUUUAAAGUUCGAGCUCCAGGCUGUGUUUCUCAUGCUAGGUUCAUGUCAAAAACCAUUUACUACUUGAAAAUUCAGAUAUUGAGUACACAUCUGCCCUAUGAUUUGACUGUUUCCCAAAGGAAAGAGUUAAAGGCAAUGGCAGAAUUUAUCUCGAUUUUCUAUUCUGUCUGGUUUCUGAGAACCUCGUUACCAUCAGGUGCACCAUUUUAA